AAAUACGAGCAGCCCCAUUCGUUUUUCUCAGAAACCAGGGGCUGUCAGAGAGGGAGUACGCUGUGCUGCUGCGCUCCGCCACAAAUAACAACAACUAUGUGGUUUUACUAAAUUUAGCGAGGCCGAAUCAAAGUUUUACUCCGCACGGAACCACCGAGUCACGUCCAGCCGGUGUUUCGGAUCGUAUGGUUUGGAAAUGUUUUCUUAAAUUGUUGCUAGCUAACUGGUUAGCUUGAAGUUUGGACCGUCUUGCUAACUAAUUGGCAAUCUCCGACCCGAAAUUCAAACUAAAUCUACCACAAAACAACAACAGCCACCGCUGGAUUUAUACAAAUUGGACAACUAAAGAUGGAGUCGGUUAAUGUUUUCGGCAGCACCAGUCCUGUUCAUACUAUUUUGAAAAGUAGGCCAGACGGGAUCCCCGGGCUUUCCUCGCUCUCUCUGCCCGAGCUGAGCGCAAAGAAUUCGCACUGCAGGAAUCUGUUCUCUCCUGGACCCGCGACUGUGCUGUCCCCUGUCACCAAUUUGGCUCAGGACAUGAACAAUUUAGCUGGACUCGGAAGCCAAUAUGAUACCCCAAAAAGGAGAAAGCAUUCACCCCUUGAAAAGGUUCCCUCCUUUGCCUCUGACGUCUCAUCUGAUGCUGGCCUCGGCAUGGAUCCCCCGAGCCCCAUUGAUAGUGUUGAAGUGGAGGACACAUUUGAAAAGGCCAUUCAACAGUCAAGCCGAGUUGUCAACGAGAGGAUACCAAUUCGAAGAAUCAACUCAUUGCCACCCCAGCUCCUGGGUUUCAGUCCAUCUCUGAAGGGACAAGAAACAGAUUCUCACCGUUAUGGAAUAUUCGGCCAACAACCCUCCCAAAUAAAUGCCGCCUCCUCCUCUCAACACGACAACAAAGAGAACAUGCCGGAGGAGGGCUUUGAAUUCAAGAAACCAACCAAGCCGGCGUCGCGGUGUCGUGUGCGCUCCUUCAAUGGCGGACAGUCAAAGGACGUGUUUGCCUGUCGCCCCAGCUCGGCACCGGCCCUCAUGCUUUCCUCACCUCCUCCAAUCCAGCAGCUUGACUUCUAUGACUCCAGCCCCACGUUCCUGAGAUCUUCCUCCCUCACCUCCUCUCUAAAUGACGACGGCUUUUUGGAAGUACUGGACGACAACAUGGAGAACGACUCUGAGAUGCCGAUGGGAAUGGCAAGCUUGCUCAAUGACCCACUGGUGUCCGACAGUACUGGAGAAGACUCUCCUCUGAUUCGAUGCCGGCCACGAAACCUGUUCCGCUCACCCUCCAUGCCCAGUCCGGUCUCUCGCUCCUCUGCGAAGCGCCCCGACUGCCCUGGAGAUGAAAACACCCCAGUCGGGGUGAAGAGACGACGCAGCCUGGCGGGAACACAAGUGACCACCCUAGAACAAGACCCUGAAUCCCCACGUAUGGGUUGCUCACUGCUCCAGAGGUCCAAAUCCUUCUGCCAGGCAGAGAUUGAGAAGUUUCUGGGGAGUCAGGACGGUAAUAAUGAGCUAAUAGGAGAUUUCACCAAGCCUUUUGUAUUACCCACAGUGCAUGGAAGUUGUCAAGACCUCAAGUACAUUACCUCAGACAUGUUGGUGGCAGCUCUGACCGGCCAGUUCAGCCAUCUACUUGAUAGAGUCAUUGUCAUCGACUGUCGCUACCCGUAUGAGUUUGACGGAGGACACAUCAAGGGGGCUCUGAACCUGCACCAGGAGGAACAGGUGGAGGAUUUCCUCCUCAAGACCCCCAUCGUCCCGUCCUGCCCGGAGAAACGAGUAGUCGUCAUCUUCCACUGCGAGUUCUCGUCGGAGCGCGGCCCUCGAAUGUGCCGCUUUGUCAGGGAGCAAGACCGGGCCAUAAACGACUACCCCAAACUCCACUACCCCGAACUCUACAUCCUCAAGGGCGGAUACAAAGACUUCUUCCCUCAUUUUCAGUUACAAUGUGAACCUCAGUCCUACCGGCCCAUGUACCACGAGGACUUCAAGGAGGACCUUAGGAAGUUUCGCCUCAAGAGUCGCACCUGGGCCGGGGAGCGCAGCAAGAGAGACAUGUACAGCCGACUGAAGAAGUUGUGAGCGCCUCCUCGUCCUCCUAAACUGCCUCUAAAACACACUGCCUCCCACUGAACAGGCCGAGUGCAAAUUUCUCUGAGCCUGUGGCCCCGCCCCACCAGCAAGGAAAAGUUUUUGGGAUUGCACCAGCAGAACAGGGAUUUUCUGAAGCUCCUAAAGUUUCGCUUAACUAUAACAAAGUUAGUUAUUUAUGCAAAUUUAAAGAGGGAAAGAUGUGAAAUGAUGAACCCAUGACCUAAAGGGUCAAAGCCGCUGAGGUGCUGUGAACAGAUUUGGUUAAGAUGUUCAGAAGCAAUGUGAUCGUUUUUUAAAAACCACUUGGACCUACUGCCUGUUUUACCUUUUUCAUUAAGCAAGCACAAAUCACUGCCAGAUUGCUAUUGAACAACCAAACCACACUGCCAACUCUGAAGUUUGUCUCAGUCUCCUCACUGGAAAUUUUUUUUUUUUUUUAAAUUUUCUAUUCCACAUGUUCCGACCUUAUUUAAGCACUUAAUUUAAAAACCUGAAAUGGUGAGGUGCUUUUCUUUUGAUACUGCCGUUUUUUAUACAAUUUUUAAUGAAUUUUGUCGACCCCCGUUGAGACAUUGAUCUGUUUGAAAGCAUGCCUUUUUGUAGGCGUCCCAAAAUGAAAAUUGGAUGUUUUUAAUGAAAACUUGUAAAAGUUUAAUACAGAGAUUUUUUUUUUUUUUUUUUUUUUUCCUCCUCCUCCUCCUUCUUCCUGAUCAGUUGCAAUACUUAGAUGUUUUGGGUUGUUUUUUUUUUCUUUUUCUUGGUCAGAAGAAACCAAAGCAAACAAACUACCUGUUAACUUUGCAGUGAGAUUUUUUCCAAUGCUGCAGGUCAGCAAGUGUCAGGAAUUUUUUUAAGAAAAAUACCUUUUUGUUUUGUUUUGCUUUGAAUCCCUUGAUGUUCAGAGAUAAAAUGUCUUCCCCUCUGCAGAGCUAAUGAUGUCAGUUUAUAAUGAAUGGGGUGGUUUUGAAUAUUUUGGUUCAGGCUCGUGGGGGAGCUGCUGAAAUAAAAUGCAUUCAAAUGGGA